AUGCCUGAAUUAUAUCCUUCUCCUGCAUCCACUUCUGACAAUCAGAAUUCACUCAAUGAGUACUGGCCCCUCACUCUCACUCCUGCAGACAUUUCAGCUACUAUGUCGAUGUCUGCAUUGUGCAUCUGCGCAUCCAUCUCCCAAUAUCAGGUGGAGGCUGCAAACAACAAUCUUUCCCCUUUGGCUUGGAUCAGGCACUUCAAAUCCAGGCUGCAAUGGGAGAUCACUAUCACAUCUUUUCCUAUCACAUCUGUUUGUUUCAUGACAUCACAAAUCCCAGAGAUCCAUCCCGGAUCAUAUCUGGCUAUGAUACCCCAUGGUGGAUGGAAGAAACUGCAAUCCCGAAACGAACCAUGGCAAUGGGAUCGGGUGAUGACUUGCUGUAUCUUUCACUACCAGCAUUGGCUGGAUGGUGUUGAGAAUGAUGGUCUGACAAUUCUGGAGCAGGUGGAUCAUACCUCAGUUCCAUCACUGAUGGGACUGAGGUGGAUUAGAGAACGCCUCCUGACAUUACUUGAGGAGCAACGUGGGGGCAUCCAUGAUAAGAUGGCAGAGAUACAAAUCUACACUGCCAUGCUAGACAGAUUGAAGAGAGGCAGAGGAGAGUAG